GCUCUGUGCUGCCCCCCGACACACAGCUGGAGCCGAUGUCCCUCACCAAACAGGUCCAGCACAUGUGGGCCACGUCCCUUCAGAAAGUGGGCCAACUCCUCGGACGCUGGAGGUACAUGUCCUUCGACAACAAUGCCGGGUGCCCUCGACGUCGACUACAACUUCGGGCAGCCGAUGGCUCUCUGCAGACCCACGAGGCGGAGUUCGAUCAGAUUAUCAAGUACUUCCGUGCACUUUAUGAGGGCCCUGAGACCGCGCCGCCCCGCCUUAGUCAGGACCUCCUUAUCACCUCCGCGGAGAUUCUGGAGGCCCUCGAACGCUUCAAGCCCUCCAAGGCCAUGCCCAGUGUCAGCGCGCCCGCGGCCUUGUGGAAAUGGUUCCGCCAGGACAUUGCGCCCCAGCUCGAGUUGCACUUCGCCCGACACCUACACAAGGACAGCUCGUCCCUACCCCGGUCGUGGUGUACCAGCGAGCUUGUCUUGCUGCCGAAGCCGGGCAAGCCCAUGCGCACUCCGGCACACCUGAGGCCCGGCCCUUGUGUUUCUGGCCCGGAUCCCGCCUAUGUUGCGGGACGGACAUUGGCCCAGGCCUUGGAAAGAGUUAUCGGACACUGUGCCUCUGUUCGGCGACUGGUACAGGCCAACGUCUGCAACAUCCAUGGCAAACGCUAUGGCCACACGAACGCCAAGCUCUACGGAGGAUGCCAUCUUUCCCUAGACAUUUCAUGCGCCUACGACCAUGUCCCAUGGGAGGCCCUCCAAUCCGCCUUGCAGUUCGCUGCGGUGCCUCAGCCCCUCAUCGAGGCCAUCCUACUGGUACAUCACACCGCACGUCUUAGCAUUUCGCACUGCGGGCUCACACAAGAAGUCCCACUGAAACGUGGACUAAGGCAAGGGUGUGGACUCUCACCGCUGCUUUGGGCGGUGUACUGUGGAUGGCUGCUGCAUCAAAUGCAUGACCCUGAAAUUCUGGACAUUCACCGUGCCAACACAAGUUACGCUGAUGACCUGCACUUCGGCUGGACCAUCUUGUGUGGCGGGGACCUGGAACGGGCCUAUGCAGCCAUGAAACAUGUUCUGACGCACCUGCUCAGGCAAGGCCUCACCAUCAGUCAGGAUAAGACAGUCAUUGUUCUUGAACUGCAAGGACCUCAAGCCCACAAGGCCCUGGACCGCUAUACGGUGCAGAGGCCUACGGGCCGACACUUUCGGUUUAUUGUCGACGACAAGGUCCUUUAUCUGAAGAUUGUGUCGCAACACGUCUACCUGGGGGCCGUCAUAGGAUUCCGCAAGUUUGAGCAGGACACCUUCAAGCACCGGCUAUCCCUAGCGAGGAAUUCCUUCUCCAGGCUCUCGGUUAUUCUUCGCAACCGGACUGUGCCGCUCAAACUGAGACUACAGCUUUGGCAGGGCUGCAUCUGGCCGGCAAUGCUACAUUCGCUGGAUUGCACGGGUCUCCCUCUUAAAGAGUUUCAGUCGAUGCAAUCUCAGCUCGUCAAGCAGGCCAGAUCGAUCGCCAAAUCCCACAGCAUGCUCACUAAGGAGACCAACUCUGAUUUUGUACGCCGCCUCGGCCUCCCGGACCCGGUGGCCAGGAUGCAGCAGGCCCCACAGCAACGGGCAGCCUUGGAUCCAUCGCUCCCUGCUGCGCUCGCACCAGGCGAGGCCCAGCUACAAUGGCGUGGCAUUCUGAGGGGGCACCUUUUCGACGCGGCUAGCUGCUGGAGCCCAGAGCCUCCUGAAGCCCCAACUGUGACUCCUCCCAAAGCCAGCCUGCUCCAGGUUACCAAGGUGUUACACGAAAUCUUUUGUUGCGAAGAAUGUGGGCAGCAAUUCUCCACCCAAGCCUCCCUGCGCAGACAUGUCUUUUGUCACCACCUCAGCGAAGUUCAGCAACAGCAGCGACAGUCAGCGGCCCAAGAGGCUAUUAAAGGGGCGGAGAUGGCGCACGCCAAAGACGGCAUGCCCCAAUGCAAACAUUGCCUACAUGCUUUCAGCACUUGGCAUGCCUUCAACUAUCAUGUCAACACGCGCAGCUGUGAGAUUGUAGGUGGCAAGAUCUUGCCCUUCUUCCGGCAGUUCAGAGCAAACACCAUCACUGUCUUGAAUGCCAUCACUGGAGACGCCCACCUCCGAUCCUGCAUAGGGGUAAAGAAGCCGUCCUCACUGGUGACCAUCCGGAGUCACUUCGUGAACAUGUUCGGCGACCUGAUGGCCCACCGACAGGAGAUGAACACGCCGACAGAGCUCAUGAUGGCCACUCAGGAGCUCAACUUCCUCCAGUCCAUGACCCACCAAGCGCAGCACCCCCGGGCCAUGGAAUGGAGCCACGCUCUGGUGGAGGACGACGACGAGGAGCUUCAAGUGGACCACCCUCCCAAGUCCCAAGGAGGGCAGCCCGGCAAAGGACGCGGCCCGAAGCGGACGAAUGCCCAGCAGGCCUCACCCUCCCGAGGCUCCUGGCCCAGCAACAGGGAUGCAAGGACGGAUCAGCCACGGGAAUCUCACCGCCGAGGGCAACAGCAGCGUCAGGACCCAGGCCAGGAGCUGACGGAGAUGCGCUCCCUUGUCAACAUGCUCUCCAGGUUGGUGCUCCGGCAGGAAGCGCAACAGACGAUUCUCCGACAAGAUUCCGGGUUCAUGCUCUUCAUACAGGCGCGCACACAAGGCAAUUUGGCCCAAGAACUGCACAAGAUCGGCCAAGCCUGGCACACCACGAAGAAGGAGAACCCCGAGGCACUUCGGGCACCGAUGAGAGUGGUACUUUAUCAACACUUCUUGAGUGUUGUCAAGGCCAAGUUCUCCCAGAUGCUGAGCACCCCGUCCUCCCGUUCGACAGCGGAAGGUCUGGGCUGGACAUCUGCAACGGGGGAGGAGAUCUACGGCAUCAAGUGGGACCCGGCCCAGCAGACCCACGUCCGCGACACCUCUGCCCCGGUCCUGACGCCGCAGGAGGUGAACGACAUCUUGGACAAGCUCAUCGUUGCGGCGCCGCAGCCCCUGGUGGUGCAGAGGUUCCAUGCGAGCCGUCCCUUGGCUGCGGAGUACGAGUCUCCGGUGGUGAGCAUGUUCAUGGAGAUCGGCCUUCGUACACAGGAGGCACAGGCAACCUGGCUUGGACUUCACCGAUUGGUCGGUUCCUCCGUAUGGGCGGCCAGCGGGUGCUACCUUCGCCACGAGCGCAUGAAGAUGAGCGCCCUGGCCCAGAAGAUCUCCUCGCUGACCAAGUCUGGCAACUGA